AUGAGUCGAAUGUUGUGUGUCUGGCUUUACCUGCAGCAGAUGUGUAAUCCGACCAUCAUCAUCAGCUCCAUUGUCAUCAUGGUCAGCUCCACACCUGGUUCUCCCCAGUUUUACCAACAUUAUCAAAACCCUUAUUCUCACCAGGGAUGUUUCUCAUCGCCGUACAGAUCGUACGCGAGAGGAAGAUGCAUGGACGUGUGGACUUGCACACGAAUGGGUGGCUCCUUGUUUUACGGCAGCGACUGUCCCUACGCAUGGGGAACACCUGAGGUUCAGUGCUGCGUCCGUCAUGUUGCGCAGCAAAGGUACCCAACAGUACCAUCGGCACCAAGAAGACAGUCACCUAUCGCUUUACUUCCCAUGAGGAGUACGAGCAGACCCAAGUUAAAAACAACGAAAGUUCCAGUUAGCAUUACAGAGGUCGUUACCGAAGUUCUUGUGACGAAGCAGGAAUUGCCGACGACCACCAAAUCAGCUGUGAGGGCGACAACGCCGAGUCCGACCUUCAGAGAGGACGAAAGUCUGUGGACAGUAGACACUGGGGGCUCCCAUAAAAACCUAAGAGUAGACGGUACGCACUCCAAGACAGUUUGUGGUGAAGCACCGUUAGCUGUCCAAGGAAGAGUCGUAGGUGGAGACGACUCAAACUUCGGACACUGGCCAUGGCAGAUAUCCAUCAGAACGACAAGGGGCAAAGGAAGUGACGAUGGCGAACACAAAUGUGGAGGCGUUCUGCUCACUGAGAGUUGGGUUGUAACGACGGCACACUCGAUCACCCCCUAUCCACGGGAGCGCCUGAUUGUACGAGCAGGUGACCACGACCAGAACUCUACCUCAGAGCCAUUGAAUCACCAAGACAGACACGUGGAAAAACUCGUGCUCCACCCAGAUUACCAGCGACAGACCUACGAUAAUGAUAUUGCGCUGCUGAAGACGAAGACGCCUUUCAAGAUGGCUCUAAACGUACAAGCAGUCUGUCUUUACGAGUACCAACCCCUUCCUGGAAAGGGGAUUCUCACUGGGUGGGGACAGACAAAGGAAAAUGGCAGCAGCGCCUCCGUACUGCAGGAAGUGUCCGUGCCCCUCAUAGGUCAUCGAGAGUGCAGUCGCCGGUUCCACAACGCCGGACACAAGGAGUCGCUCACAGAGCGGGUCUUCUGCGCGGGAUACCUCAGGGGAGGCAAAGAUGCCUGCCAGGGCGAUUCUGGUGGCCCUUUGGUGGCACAAGGCAACGACGGCAGGUGGCGUCUAGUAGGAAUAGUGUCCUGGGGAAUUGGCUGUGGAAGACGAGGACUGCCUGGUGUUUUUACCAAAAUCAGCACUUACGUACCAUGGAUAAAAAAUACCACGUCGACAAAUGCAUCCCAGGAUGUCGUUACAAAGUUAGGAAGCAGCUGAUGGCAGUAUUCCAAAGCUCCGAGUCCAGCUAAGGAAACCAAGCAAGUAUUGGAAGGAUAGAUAUGAAUGCCUAACAAGAAGGCGUGCUACAGAUAAGCUGUGCAUCGAAUCUGAAUCUACUUGAACGAAAGCCUGUAAUUUGAAAAAUGGCCUGUAGAGCGGCCUUUGUACCUGCUGAACUUCGUGGGAAAAGUCUACGGGAGGAAGGAAAAACAUUCAUUAAGAUCCCUACGAAAAGGGCGUCUGAAGCAAAAUGUCUCGCAUCAUGUUAUUGGGAAUGCUGCUUUUUGCAGGUGAACAAAAUACUGUCAGCAAGCACAGUCAAGUCAACACCAGUGGCGUAGCU